AUGUCGAUUGGAUCAGAAGACGAUUCAAGCAAGAGAAACUCGAAUUAUAGAAAAGUAGAAAGAUUCAUUUUGAACACAAAAUAUCAAAGUUUUGUAUAG